AUGUCGAAAAGCUAUAGUAAAAAAACGGUUAUCUCUAUAGCCAGUGCUGGCUUCACCUGCCUUCUGUUGCUCUUGGUGAUCGCGCAGCACCAAAGAGUUCGGGUGGAUGAGGUGCCAACGGAGAGAGAGAUGGGAACGCGCUCACUGCAGAGCAUGGACCCUUCAGCUACGGACCAGCAACAGGACAACUCGGAGGCCCAGUCAAAGAAAGGAUUCUCAGCGUAUUUUUCGAAGUUGACUCGGGGAAGGCGAGAGGCGGAAAAGCCUGCAGGGUCCACACAGUCAGCGACAGACGCGUCCCCAGCCGAGGACAUAGGUGCAGAUGACAUCUUCAUCGCUGUCAAGACUACCAAGAAGUUCCACCAGUCUCGACUGAAUCUCCUAAUGGAUACCUGGAUCUCUAGAAACAUGCAGCAGACAUACAUCUUCACAGAUGGAGAAGACGAGGAGCUGAAGAAGAAAAUUGGGACUCACGCCAUCAACACAAACUGCUCAGCAGCACAUAGUCGCCAAGCUCUAUCCUGCAAGAUGGCCGUGGAGUACGACAAGUUUAUUGAAUCUGGGAAAAAGUGGUUUUGUCACGUGGAUGAUGAUAACUAUGUGAAUGUGAGGACUCUGGUGAGGCUUCUGUCCCACUACCCCCAUACCCAGGACAUGUACAUUGGCAAGCCCAGCCUAGAUCGGCCCAUUGAGGCCACAGAGAGGCUUGGAGACAACAAGAUGAGACCAGUAAACUUUUGGUUUGCUACUGGAGGAGCAGGUUUCUGUGUGAGUCGAGGCCUGGCUUUGAAGAUGAGCCCAUGGGCCAGUGGCGGCCAUUUUAUGAACACUGCAGAGAAGAUUCGUCUGCCUGACGACUGCACCAUUGGCUACAUCAUCGAGUCUGUGCUUGGGGUUCCACUGACACGCAGCAACCUCUUCCACUCCCACCUGGAGAACCUGCAACAGGUGUCCAGAUCUGAGCUUCACAAACAGAUCACGCUGAGUUAUGGAAUGUUUGAGAACAAGAGGAACAUCAUAAAUAUGAAAGGGGCAUUUCCUGUGGAGGAGGACCCAUCAAGGUUUAGGUCCGUGCACUGUUUGCUGUACCCAGACACACCCUGGUGCCCCCCCCAGGUUGCCUACUGAGCGACCGGCUCCUUUCGUAUCCUCGUCCCUUUAAGCCUCGGUAUCUGAAAGGCUGUUGGGGACCCGUGUUUUGGUAUUAGACCGUGAUGUUGCUGUGUUUUUGUGCAGUGGCACGCGGCCUUUGAUCGUUUACUGGGCUGCUGUGCGGCCCGCCUUGGGACACUCCCUUCCCAUUCGGUGCCUUGGUUAUCCCUCCUACCGUGGAGGAGCCAGGCUGGCACUGACUGGGAAGGGGCUUUCUACAAUAAGGCUUUUCAGGCCACGAGAUGUGCUUUGUGUUUUAAAUAUUGCUUGUAAAUGUAUUUGCAAUUCUCAUAGAAUGUGCUACUUAUAUAUCCAAGCCUUUUGCCAGCUUUACAUUUAUCAAUUUGUUACAUUUCUCUAUAGUAGUUUGCAUUUUUAUUAAGUUCUUGUUGGUUUCUUCUGGGUUUGGGAGGCCAUUAAAGGUUAUUCAUUUAAGUUCUAUUGAAAUAAUCAAAGAUAGUCAGAAUUUCUGACAUUAUGGCGGAAAAUAUUUUUAUUUUGGGAUUUUUGGUUCCUUUCAGAAGACUCCGGACAAAAUCAGUAAUAUGAAGAUCUAUUUGGUGCUUUUUGUUGAUGAUUUGUCAGUGUUAUUACUAAUAUAAUUUGAGCUGGCAGUAGGCAGUUUUCCAAAUGUACCCUCAGGUUAUAAAAUCUGAGGUAUAUCAGGAUCAAGCACUUUUCUUUCCUUAUUGAUAGUUUUAAAUGAUUUAAUUGAUAUUAUUUCGUCUUUUGAUAUGUCUCAGCUGUGUCAAAACCAAUUGAUAUAACGACAUAACCCCAAAAAUAUCCAUAUCUCUAGAUUUUAUUCUAUUUAAUAGCAUUCCUUGCAUUUGAUACAAUCAGGGAAAAUAAUAUAUAGUAGAGAUAUUGAUUUUUUAUGUUACAAUCAACUGUUGAUUUGCUUGAAGAUGUUAAAAAUUGCACAGCUGGGUUUCAACUGUCUUGCUUUUGUAAAGUAGCUCAAUUACACCCAACGUUUCCACCUCUCCCAUCUUCACCUUAAUAUUUCCACCAAGACCUGAGCAUGCUUGCCGAGUUAGAGUACUCACACAGAACAAUUGUUUGGACUAAUGGUGCCUUUGCUAACCAAAUUACACUCUGAUACUUAUUUUGCACAAAAUGGAUUGACGAAGAGCCAUAUAUACAGUAGUAAACUAUACUCCAUAGUGAGCAGGUGGAUUGGGUUUGAUUAAGAACUUUAAAAGAGCAACGCCAGUGUUAUAACACACAGGGGUGUUUUUCCUCUGUAAGCCACCCAUAUUGGGUUGAAUUGUCUAUUAUAUAGCAGUAUUUGUGUACUGUGCUUUUUGAAAUGCUGAAUCUGUUUAAUGAUGAUUUAGAAUGUAAAGGCUUUUGAUGACCCAAGAAACGCUUUUCUACUGCUUGUUGUAAUUGUGCUGAUGGCUGUAAUUUAUCCUCCAGUAUCUGGAAGGUUCUACGGAUAUAUUUGAAAUGUUUUCUUCUCAGGGAUUGUUAGCAAAUCCUGAUGUCGUAACUAUAGGAACCACUGUGGUGCCUGAAUGAGAUGCUUUGAAAUAAAGCACAACCGCUGAGAAACGUAA